AUGUAUGCCUUUCAAAGCAGGGGAUUCUCUUUGGAUUACUUGGAUGUGCUGUCACCAUACAGUUUAUCCAUAAGCGUGAUGGUCACCUACUCUGCGAUUUCUGCCCUCAAGCUGCGUGCAUUGUUGAGGGGGAAUGGAAGCUCUUUGACUUCUCAUAUGCUGUACCGGCCAAGAACGCUGCAGCACUUGGGUCAUCACAUUCACUCUCUUCUAUUGCGGCACCUUUGUUGGACUAUUGCUCCCGUGAAAUUGUCGAGGCCUUUAGGGAAAAACCAUUUGAGGAUCUUUUUAUGCCCAGCCCUUGCGAAAAAGAUUAAGAUAAAACUGUUAGAUAACGAUUUACUUUCCUUUGUGAUUGUGUGA